AUGGAACCUGAGAGCGUUAACGUUGGGCCUAAGGAGGUCGACAUGGAACCUGAGAGCGUUAACGUUGGGCCUAAGGAGGUCGACAUGGAACCUGAGAGCGUUAACGUUGGGCCUAAGGAGGUCGACAUGGAACCUGAGAACGUUAACGUUGGGCCUAAGGAGGUCGACAUGGAACCUGAGAACGUUAACGUUGGGACUAAGAAGGUCGACAUGGAACCUGAGAGCGUUAACGUUGGGCCUAAGAGGUCGACAUGGAACCUGAGAGCGUUAACAACCCCCAAACAUCCACCUCCCAACCCCAAACACCCACCUCCCAACCCCAAACAUCCUCCUCCCAACCCCAAACAUCCUCCCUCCCAACCCCAAACAUCCUCCUCCCAACCCCUAAACACUCCACCUCCCAACCCCAAACAUCCUCCUCCCAACCCCAAACACCCACCUCCCAACCCCAAACACCCACCUCCCCCCAACCCCAAACACCCACCUCCUAACCCCAAACACCCACCUCCCAACCCCAAACACCCUCCUCCCAACCCCAAACACCCACCUCCCAACCCCAAACACCCACCUCCCAACCCCAAACACCCACCUCCCAACCUCCAAACACCCCACCUCCCAACCCCAAACACCCCUCCUCCCAUCCCCAAACAUCCUCCUCCCAACCCCAAACACCCACCUCCCAACCCCAAACACCCACCUCCCAACCCCAAACACCCACCCUCCCAACCUCCCAAACACCCACCUCCCCCCCAAACACCCACCUCCCAACCCCAAACACCCACCUCCCAACCCCAAACACCCACCUCCCAACCCCAAACACCCACCUCCCAACCCCAAACACCCACCUCCCAACCCCAAACACCCACCUCCCAACCCCAAACACCCACCUCCCAACCCCAAACACCCACCUCCCAACCCCAAACACCCACCUCCCACCCCAAACACCCACCUCCCACCCCAAACACCCACCUCCCAACCCCAAACACCCACCUCCCAUCCCAAACACCCACCUCCCAACCCCAAAACACCCUCCUCCCAACCCACCUCCCAACCCCAAACCAAACAAUACAAUCCCUAAAAACUGUUUAA